CUGGUGGUCAGUGGUCGUGUCGGUAUACGGCGUUCUCUUUGGUGUUGCGUUGUGAGAGAGUUUCGUUGGAUUUAAUGUUGUGCUCGGACUCCGUUACUUUGGACUACCGCAUUAAAAUAUUAUGGAUGUUUUAAUAAAGUUUCCUCACCGAAACCCUUAUUACACUUUAUACUUGACUUUAAAGGUCUUGAACGUUAACAUUUAGCCAUUUAUGCUAAUAGUAUUUAUGAGGACUAAUUUGGUCGAGGUCUUCCUUUGAAUGUGCAUCAGCCAAUGUUACUAAGAUGACAAACAUUAAUGGUGUUAAAUUGUUUGCACUGCAGUAACUUUACUUUGCCGCCUUAAAAAAAACCUCAAGGAGAAAAAUCUGCAGCCAUCAAUCGACAGUGAAGGAAACGCAUUUUGUUGCAUUCAAACAAUUUACCAAAUUCAAAAACUUCUACUCAGGUGACAGGUCUCGUUUUCAUCUGUCGUCAGACUGUGAGGUGGCUUUUGUGAUGGCAGUUUCUGGACUUCCUUUCAUAUAAAUCAGUUCUCGUGAAAUUAAAAAAAAAAUCGACCAACGGAUUGUUGCGACUAUGCCACCUGGAGACAAUUCUAUCGGAAUAGUAAAUCGUGUUGCACAAUUAGAAGAUUAUUUAAGAAAAUGAAGCAGUCAUCAAGAAGAUUUCCGAUGCUGAGGUAAAAUGCUAAAAUACCAGAGGAUAUGAAUUUAUCAAAUCAAUUGUAAAGUCGAUCACAGAACUUACAGAAAAAAGGGCAACGGGAAGCCACGAUAAACGAUACAUUUUCAGGUAUGACGCACGAUAUUUUUCUGCUUCGGUGAAAAGGUUCAUCCUCACGAUAAUUAACGUUCCGGUGUCAAAACACUGAAAUUGGUGCUCCAGAAUGUCUUUAUUAGCACACAAAGGAUGCGCCACAGUUUCCACGCUGCUGAUUUGCACCUUGAUCGUUUCUACGAAGCGCUUUGCGUUUGCUGAUAAUGUUCACAGUGGCAUCGAAGACAGUCCACUGACGGAGGUGAGGGCGGUGAAAGGAGGGCGGGUUCUCCUGCCCUGUGAAAUGGAUCCGCCGGUUGACAACGACACCACCCAUCUAGUCCUCUUCUUCCGAGCGGGCACCGGUACGCCCAUCUAUAGCCUUGACGCCCGAAGUUCGGGCUACCUUGAAAAGGGCAGUCACUGGGCCGAAGACAGCCUCAAGGGGCGCGCCUUGAUCAACCUCAGCCGGGGCAAGAGAGGCCUCCUACUCGAACACGUCAGACUGGAAGACCAGGGCGAGUACAGGUGCCGGGUGGACUUCCUCGAGUCCCCAACCAGGAAUCUGAGGAUUCGCCUCCACGUUAUAGUGCCUCCAAGCACGCUGAAAAUCACGGACGACCUGAAUGCCGGGCGAGAAGUCAAGGGCGUGGUAGGCCCUUUCACCGAGGGCAGCCCCCUCACCCUCUCUUGCUACGUCACAGGAGGUCAACCGUCGCCCAGGGUCACCUGGUGGCACGGAGGCUACCUAUUAGAUGACGACAGCGAGAUCAUCACCAGUCAGUCCGUCAGGAACAUCUUGACCCUGCCGCCACUCAACCAGGAUGACCUCAACAAGACCCUGACGUGUCAGGCCAACAACUCCGACCUCACCAUACCCAUCUCGGGAGCCGUGACGAUCGAUAUGACCUAUCCUCCCAAAUCCCUCAAACUCCACGACAUCGCCGAUCACGUCACCCUCAGUGAGGGGAUCAUUCGACAAUUAGUGUGCGAAGCCGAGGGGUCGAGACCCCCAGCCCACAUCACCUGGUGGAUGGGUGGUCUGCCCCUCGAAGAUCCACAGACGGUGGAUGUGGUGGGCAACUUGUCGAGAUCGACGCUCUCCUUCACUGCUGACUCGUCUGACGACGGCAGCGUGCUGACGUGUAAGGCUGUCAGCCCCAACCUGCCAAACGACGCUCUCUUCAACUCCACUAAGCUGACAGUGUUAUACAAGCCAAAACUUAAUCUGCAGCUGGGGUUGAGCCUGAACUUGGAAGACUUAGAGGAGGGAGACGACGUGUACUUCAAGUGUAAUGUGGAGGCGAAUCCCGCCGUUACGGGUAUUCAGUGGGCUCAUAAUGGCGUUCCCCUUCGGAGCGAUCCUUCAGCAGGGGUCAUCAUCAGCCCUGCCAGUCUGGUGCUUCAGUCAGUUACCAGGAGGUCCUCUGGAACGUACACGUGUGCUGCUGCCAAUACUCAGGGAGCUGCUACUUCUAACACCUUGCAAAUGAAUGUUAAAUUUCUACCGCUUUGUGCCGAAAAUCAGCAAACGGUCUUUGGGGCAGCCAAACACGAGGUCCUGGAAGUCCCUUGUAAAGUGACUUCCUAUCCUGCACCGACCGCUUUCAGAUGGGCAAUGAACAGUUCCUCGGGACUGGUGGACGUGGCACUGAACCUGACCACCAACUCGGGCACCACCAGCAUCAUCAGCUACACGCCUCAGACCUAUCACGAUUUCGGCUCCCUCCUCUGCUGGGCCAUCAACGACCUCGGGCAGCAGAAGGAGCCCUGCGUCUUCAACAUCCUCCCCGUGGCCCCGACUUUGCACUCUUUCACAGCUAAACCCGAGUCGGUCUCCGGCUGCGUCGCCGAGCGGAAUGCCACGAUGCCUCCGACUUACCUGGUGGUGAAGUGCAUUCCCGGCUGGGACGGCGGACUCCGUCAGACGUUUACCCUGGAGGUGCGGAAGGCGGAUACCCAGGAGACGCUCGACGAGUUCCGGCUGGCUGCUCAGCCCUUCUUCGUCGUGGCAAGAGUUCAACUGGACGUGGAGUACCUCCUCACGAUCACUGCAGCCAACAGCAGAGGGUCGAGCCCUCCGUACACCAUCACGUACACGGCUCACUCGUCGUCGGCGGAUAAGGUCAUUUCCCCCGACGCCCACACCGUUCUCCUGACCAUCACGCCCUUCCUCGUUCUACUCAUCGGUGUCAUGGUCGGUGUCAUUGUCUGCGUUGGCGUGGGUGUGGUCAUGUCCCGCAGGAGGCGAAAGAGGAAGAGUGGAGCGGAGAUUCUCUACGCAGGACCCCUGAAGGACACCUAUGACUCCAAGGAUGUCCAUACCCUGAUCUGCGUCAGUUCAGAAUGUGAAAAACAAGAUGGCAUCCAAUGGGGAGGCAAGACAGGUUCUCUGGGCAAUUGUUAUGUCUCUCCUGACAUCCUCAACAAUUCCAGCAACGCCCUUGAGACGGAUUCCCUCUUGAGGGAGAAACUCUCGGCGCUGCAGGGGUUGGCACCUCUGGCCUCCACAGACUCCCUGGGACGGUGCUCAACGCACUCCUCGACUUGCACCACGUCCUCCAAAACACCCUCCUUCAAGUCGUCCAGCAGGGUUUCCAAUUCCAACACUGGAAUCCAUCCAGAAAUUCAGAGGAAAAUGGAAAUUGAAGAGACUUCUGAAACGCCCCUGAUGGAACUCCCCCGCGAGAGCUGUGUAUAGUAUUGCGUUGGAGGAGAGAGAAAAGAGAUCUUCAGUUAACUUUAUAAACAUCCGAGGUUUAUUGUCUGUUCGUAGAUAUUCAUGACCAGUCUCUCUUAUAUGCCAUAUUUCCUCUCCCUCCCUUCGAUAAGAUCGUUUUUGUGUAAAGCCUAGCGUAAAUAACGGCAGAUACUUUCAUAACCCUCUUUCUUUUUCCGUUUCUCACGUUCAUAUUCCUGGAAUCUCUCUCUCUCUCUCUCUCUCUCUCUCUCUCUCUCUCUCUCUCUCUCUCUCUCUCAUACUCUUUUUAAAGGUUCUCUGUUGCUCAUUUAAACCCAACGAUUACCUAAACCUGGAUACUAAAAAAUAAAGAAAUAGUAAUAAAAAAAAAAAA